AUGAGGCUGCUGGAAAAUCGUCUGCUUGGGUUCCAGGAGUGUUUCGCAGAGGUGACACGCUUUCUCGGUGCUUUACCGGUCAUGGGAUCAGUUGAUGAGGUCUUUAGAAAGAAAUUGCUCUCCCAUCUACACGCCUGUAUCUAUCGACGGGACUACGAAGCCCGCGCACGUCUAGCGUCCCUAUCUGCUAUGUCAUCGGGCUGCACUGGAGGAACUUCGCAACCAUCAAGCAGCUCCGACAACCCCACGACUUGGGAUCAAUCGUUUCACGUUAAGGAGACGGACUCAGUCCCUCACAACGUUUCUAACCUUCAAGCUUACUGGCAGCAUCAUAACCUUCACCAGAAGUCCGAUGAACAUCCAUGGUCUCAGGUAGAUUACCAGCGAAACCCAAGACCACAUCCAGGAGCUAAUGAGAGCCAAUCUACUACAUCACCCUCGUUGUUGGGUAAUUAUGAGGAGACAGAUAGCGGAAACAGCACAACCCACAGAUUCUCACCAAGUGAAAGGGAUGUCUCAACUGACGUCCAAACCUUGCAUUCUAUCCCUUGGUACACCUACCCGCAGGUCGAAUGCGAUCGUCAAGGAACUGUUCCCGCGUUUCACUCACAGAGAGUUGAGAGUUUCGAAUACACAUAUCACCAGAAUUACCCAGAGUCGAUGCCUUUAGGUGGUAGUGUCCAGGAGCAUCAUGCACAUGUGCCCCAGCAACAAGCAGUUGAAGAAUACACCCUGAGUAAUUGUCAGACUUACUACUAG